GUUCAUCUUAGGGCAGAAAAAGAGGUGCGUCAUGGAACUUGACGGAAAUGGCUGACUGAUUUUCAACAUUUUCGUCAUCUUCAACCCAAUCCUAAAUCUGUAAUCCAAAAUCCACCUACAUCCACAUUCGCCCACAGUCACCCACAAUCGCGGACGGACUACGGACUUUACACAUAUAUCACUUUGUUUUAUUUGUUUUCUUUUCCCAGGAAUGCCUUCUGUCUACACGCGGUCUCCCCCCGAGCUUCCACUACACGAAAAACACAACCGUCCAACCUGACAAUAAUCACAAGAUUCAAUAUGGUCGAGAUACCCUCUAUUAUGUGGUCAACCACUCUUCGUGUCGCCUCGCCGACAAACUACCCAUCUCGAGAGUUGGAUGGUGACAAAAUUAUCCUGCCCCAAUCUGCUCUGGAACAGCUUCUUGCCGCGUCCACGGCGGCCUCUACUUCCGCACCUCUCGCCUCAGCUUCGAAUCCUCUGCGCAACUCAUACGCGCCAUACACAGCAACCAGAGCCCCGUUGGCGUUCGAUGGCGAUCCUUAUCAGCAGCUUCCAAGCCCACUCAUGUUCCGUCUUGUCAAUCCGUCCAAUGGCAACAUCAUCUAUGCCGGCAUACGCGAAUUCUCCGCUCAGGAGGGAGAGGUAAUACUGAGUCCGUAUUUAAUGGAGGGUUUGGGAAUAAAUAGAAGCCAAAAAGCAUCGGAAGAGUCUGUUGAAAAUGUCGGUAAUGAAGUAGAGGAGCUUCAAGUCGUAGUUCAUGCCAAUACCCUACCGAAAGGCACCUACGUACGUUUACGGCCGCUCGAGGCUGGCUACAACCCACUCGACUGGAAGGCAUUGCUAGAGAGGCAAUUACGUGAAAGUUUCACAACCCUCACGAAUGGCGCAACACUGUCAGUGCUAGGGGCCAAAGGGGAGGUAUUCCGACUCCUUGUUGACGGGUUUCGUCCCGAAGGAGAGGGCAUCUGCGUUGUGAACACCGAUCUUGAAGUCGACAUUGAGGCUUUGGACGAGGAGCAAGCCAGAGAAACGAUAAGGCAGAUCAUGGCUAAGCAUCAAAAAGCUCCUGGAACUGCUGGUGGCAGCUCAGUCGGGCAAGAACUAAAUAUAUGGAUGACCGUCGAUGGUCAAGUUCUUCCUGGGGACUACGUGGAUUACGAGCUGCCUUCCUGGGCAAGAUCGAGAGUACUGGAAAUCGAGAUUAGUCAGUUACAGGAUGAAUACGGCGUGGAUUUGUUUGUAAGCCCCAAGUCCUCACGGCAGAGAGCACUGCCUCGUGUAUCGGAACAUGUCUUUAGUGCCUUCAACUAUACGCAAGACGGCAGUAAGCGGAUAACAAUUCAACCUACUAAUACCGAGCUUGAUAAUGCCGAGAGCCUCCUAAUUUCUAUCCACGGAUAUACUCCCGAAUCCACGGCAUCGGAUGAAUCUCCUCGCCCGUUUAAAUUGAAAGUCAAAAACAAUGCUCUCACGACAGGAAAGGCUACACCACCACCUGUGGCCGACACGGGGGAUGCGAACCCAGAAGAGCGAUCUCCGGACGAGGAGCAGUGCAAGAACUGUCUUCAAUGGGUGCCAAAAUCUACCAUGAUUCUCCACGAGAAUUUCUGCUUGCGCAACAAUGUGGUUUGCCCUCAAUGCCAAAAUGUCUUCCAAAAAGCCUCCAGUGAAUGGAAAGAUCAUUGGCAUUGCUCCCAUGACGAGGCAUACGGAUCAUCAGAGAUGGAAAAGGCAAAGCACGAUGACCUGUAUCAUACCGAACGGCAAUGCCCGUUCUGCCCGUUCACGACCAAUGCAAUUCCCGAUCUCGCGCGCCACCGAACAACCCUAUGCCCUGGCAAGAUCAUUCUCUGUCAAUUUUGUCAUCUCGAGGUAUGCCAAGAAGGCGACCCGUUCAACCCAUCGACCGAGAUGCUUCAUACAGGCCUUACGGAUCAUGAGCUUGUGGAUGGGGCCAGAACCACUGACUGCCAUCUUUGCUCCAAGAUCAUUCGACUCCGCGACAUGUCAGCCCAUUUGAAGUAUCACGAACUAGAGAAGGCACACCGAAUAAAACCGCCCGUGUGCCGGAAUAAAAAUUGCGGCCGAACGCUGCAUGGUGUCGGUAGGAACGGGGUGGUAAAUGCUGGGACGAAGAUGGGUCAGGGUCCCGGAAACGACAUUGGGCUCUGUUCAUUAUGUUUCUCUCCACUCUAUGUAAGCUUAUACGAUCCUGAGGGCAAGGCUCUUAAACGACGGAUCGAACGCAAGUACUUGACGCAGAUGAUGCAGGGGUGUGGAAAGAGAUGGUGCGCCAAUGAAUGGUGCAAGACUGGUCGUGCCAACAUGAAGCUAGAGCCCAAGCCAUCAACCGCACAGCUUGCGCUCCCCCAAGUCAAACCUCUUAUGGAUCUAGUCCGGGAUAUACAAACCCCCAUUUACUUUUGUGUUGACGACGCGAAUCAACGCAGGAGGCAGCUAGCAGAGCUGUUAGCAUCUGAGGAUGACUGGGAACUAGAAUGGUGUAUUGCAGCUUGCGAGGCAGAGGGUCCUGACAUGGACAGGGCAAGGGGGUGGUUAAUUAAUUGGGCCCCCUCUAAGGAAUGAGGCAAGUGAAUAAACUAUGGCAAAUGGAAGGAAUGAAAUGAAAUGAAAUGGAUGGCGUUAGUAGAGAUGGUUGGCAUCACGAUACCCAUAUGC